CUGGGUAAAGCAUAGCAGCCGUACCCAGUCGUCAGUAAUAUGGUGGGAUGCCACAUCGUGGCGCUGCCUUACCCCGGCAGAGGCCACAUCAACCCAAUGCUCAACCUGUGCCACCUCAUACUCCACUCCCACCCCGAUAUCACCGUCUCCUUCAUCGUCACGGAGGAGUGGCUCGGCCUCCUCUCCGAUACGCCACCUCCGCCAUCUCCUAAUUUCAGAUUCCACGCGGUGCCUAACGUGAUUCCCUCAGAGAUAGGCAGAGGCAAGGACUUCAUCGGCUUCUACAAUGCCGUUCUCACGAGAUUGGAGGCGCCUGUGGAGCAGCUCCUCGACUGCCUUCCGCUGCCCAAGCCCACCCUCAUUAUAUAUGACACCUACUUAACAUGGGUGUUGGACGUCGGCCGUCGCCGGAAUAUUCCGGUGGCUUCCUUUUUUACCAUGUCUGCCACAGUCUUCUCCAUCUUCCACCACUAUGAUCUCGUCUCCCAACACCGCCGUUCCCCGCCGGGUCAAAUAGGAGAGGAAAACAUUGUAGACUAUAUCCCUGGAGUCCCUCCAAUAAGAUUCACAGAUCUCCCAACUCUAAUCCAUGGCAAAUGCAAUGAAGUUUUACCUCAAGUUUUACAAGCAAUUCAAUUAACAUCAAAAGCUCAAUAUCUUCUCUUCGCCUCUGUUUAUGAGCUUGAAUCCCAAGUCAUUGAUGCUUUGAAACAAAAAAUUUCACCCAAAAUCUACUCAUUAGGCCUUGCAAUACCUACCUUGAACUCCGCGGUAGGUGAGAAGCCACACUACCUCAAAUGGUUGGAUGCUCAGCAACAAGACUCUGUUCUAUACAUCUCACAAGGUAGUUUCCUCUCGGUUUCCAAAGCUCAAUUUGAGGAAAUUGUUGUUGGGGUGAUUCGUAGUGGUAUUCGUUUCCUGUGGGUCGGGCGUGGAGAGGAGGAUCUCCUUCAAGAGAAAUGUGGGGGCAGAGGGAUAGUAGUCCCUUGGUGUGAUCAGUUGAAGGUUCUGUCACACCCGUCUGUAGGGGGGUUCUGGUCGCACUGUGGAUGGAACUCAACUAAAGAGGGCGCGUUUGCUGGCCUUCCCAUGUUGACAUUCCCUAUAUUUUCAGAUCAAGUUACCAAUAGUAAGAUGGUCGUCGAAGAUUGGGGUUUUGGAAUGAGAGUGAAGAAGGAGGAUGAUAGUUUGGUUACAGGGGAUGAGAUUGCUGAGCUUGUGUUGAGCGUUAUGGAUUCGGAGAGUUCGGAAGCGAAGGAGAGGAGAAGAAGGGCCAAGGAGAUGCAGGAGAUAUGUAAGAGUGCAAGUGGUUUAGGAGGAUCUUCUCAUCUAGAUCUUAUAGCUUUCAUCAAAGACGUUUGUGGAUGCUAAAGUUUGGGCAUGAGAUUGCAAUCUUGCUUGAUUAUAGUAUUUCAGUCAACUUUAUUCAAAUAAGUAUUUUGGUGUA